GUUGCUCAUGCCCAGUGGACUUCCACACAAGCUCCGGUCCGGUCCGGAGGUCUUCGGAUGCGGGUCCCCCCCCCCCCACUACCCCCCAAUUCUGUGCGCAUGGGUUGGGAGGACAGCAGCCACCCUAGAGAGAGAGAGAGAGAGAGAGAGAGAGAGAGAGAGAGAGAGAGAGAGAGAGAGAGAGAGAGAGAGAGAGAGAGAGACGCCCGUAGUCAGAUGCUGAAUUCAAAUAACGGGAGUCAUUGGAAUAACGGGACAUGACUGAGUAAGAGGGGGAUUUAAAACACACACACACACGCACACAACAAAAGACACUUGGAUGAUGCCGGAAUGGGGCGGCAGGAGCCCUCGGUGGUGUGAGCGAGGAACACAAAGCUCCGCAGCGGUGAUCACUGUUUGAUGCCACCGUCCGUCCAUCCAUCCAUCCAUUCAUCCUGAGGGUCUCUAUUCAUGUUGCAAAAGCCUGGCUCCUGACAAUGGAUUACUUGCUUUGCGUGUGCAGCCUCCUCGUGCCAAUGGUGCUGGCUGUUGAAGAAACCCUGAUGGACAGUCGGUGGGCUACCACAGAGCUGGCCUGGACGACAUUCCCAGAGAGUGGGUGGGAGGAAGUGAGCGGCUAUGAUGACUCCAUGAGCCCCAUCAGAACCUACCAGGUGUGUAAUGUCCGACAGCCCAACCAGAACAAUUGGCUCAGGACGGACUAUAUCCCCCGCAGGGGUGUUCUUCGUGUCUAUGUGGAGCUCAAGUUCUCCGUGCGCGACUGCGCCAGCAUCCCCAAUAUCCCCGGCUCCUGUAAAGAGACUUUUAAUCUCUUUUACUAUGAAUCUGACGGGGACACCGCCACAGACGCCAGCCCCCUGUGGAGGGAGAACCCUUACGUGAAAGUGGAUACUAUAGCCCCUGAUGAGAGCUUCUCUCUACUGGAAGCUGGCAGGAUCAACACCAAAGUGCGCAGCUUUGGUCCCCUGUCCAAGUCGGGCUUCUUCUUGGCCUUCCAGGACCUCGGAGCAUGCAUGUCUCUGAUCUCGGUCCGGGUGUUCUUCAAAAAGUGCUCCACAACCAUUGCUAAUUUCGCAGUCUUCCCUGAGACCGCGACCGGCGCGGAAGCGACUUCCUUAGUCAUCGCUCCGGGGGUUUGCGUGACAAAUGCCAUGGAGAUGUCCGUCCCACUGAAGCUCUACUGCAAUGGUGACGGAGAGUGGAUGGUUCCAGUGGGUGCUUGUACAUGCGUCGCUGGUUAUGAACCCUCCGCAGAUCGCACCCAAUGCCAAGUUUGCAUCCCUGGGACUUUCAAAUCCAAAUUUGGGGACGGAUCCUGUGUUGCGUGUCCGGCUAACAGUCGCACAGGUGCCCGAGGAGCCAGUGUUUGUCCCUGCCAAAGUGGGUUCUACCGCGCUGAUAGCGACCCACCUGACAUUGCCUGCACUACUAUCCCCUCAGCCCCCCGCAACGUAAUCUCCAGUGUGAAUGAGACCUCGUUGUCCCUGGAAUGGGAGGAACCCGAAGACACCGGUGGAAGGAGCGACUUAGUGUAUAACGUGGUGUGUAAGAAAUGCCUGCGAGACCGCAGCCCGUGCACCCGCUGCGACGACAAUGUGGACAUCUCCCCUCGGAGGCUGGGGCUGAGGCAGCGGAAGGUGGUGGUGAGGAAUCUGCAGGCUCACACCCGGUACAGCUUCGAGGUGCAGGGGGUCAACGGCGUCUCGGGGAAGAACCCCGCCACGCCACGUUACUCGACGGUCAACAUCACCACCAACCAGGCCGCACCUUCCGCAGUACCAACAGUCCAUCUGAUGCGCUCCACUGCAGACACCUUGAGUCUAUCAUGGCUGCCCCCGGAGAAACCUAAUGGGGUCAUUCUGGACUAUGAGAUUAAAUACCACGAAAGGGGCCAGGCUAUGUCACACACUGUAACAUCCCAGCUCAGCUCAGCCAAGGUGGAGGGACUGAGGGCCUCUACACCCUACGUGGUGCAGGUCAGAGCUCGCACCGUCGCAGGGUACGGUCGCUACAGCAACCCCAUGGACCUCAGCACCAGCCUGCACAGUGAUCCUCAGAAGUCUGUGCAAGACCAGCUGCCUCUAAUCAUAGGUUCCGCCUCUGCAGGCUUGGUGGUCAUUGUUGCCUUGGUGGUAAUUGCUGUUGUCUGCCUCAAGAAACAGCGCAGUGGCUCUGAGCUGGAGUACACAGAGAAACUGCAGCAAUACAUUUCUCCAGGUGUGAAAGUGUACAUUGACCCUUUCACCUACGAGGACCCCAAUGACGCAAUCCACGAGUUUGCCAAGGAAAUCGACAUCUCCUGCAUAAAGAUUGAAGAAGUCAUCGGUGCAGGUGAGUUCGGCGAGGUGUGUCGCGGGCGGCUCAAGCUGGCCGGCCGCAGGGAGAUGGUGGUGGCCAUCAAGACCCUGAAAGCAGGCUACACGGAACGCCAGAGGCGGGACUUCCUGGCCGAGGCGUCCAUCAUGGGCCAGUUCGACCAUCCCAAUGUCAUCCGGCUGGAGGGCGUGCUGACACGCAGCUGUCCCGUCCUCAUCAUUGCAGAAUUCAUGGAGAAUGGCGCGCUCGAUUCCUUCCUGCGGCUGAACGACGGCCGCUUCACGGUGACUCAGCUGGUGGGGAUGCUGCGCGGCAUCGCUGCAGGAAUGAAGUACCUGUCGGACAUGAAUUACGUCCACAGGGACCUCGCUGCCCGCAAUAUCCUGGUCAACAGCAACCUGGUGUGCAAAGUCUCCGACUUUGGUCUGUCACGCUUUCUGGAUGACACUUCAGCUGACCCCACUUAUACUAGCUCACUGGGAGGGAAAAUUCCCAUCCGGUGGACGGCACCAGAGGCCAUCGCCUUCAGGAAGUUCACUUCUGCGAGUGACGUGUGGAGUUAUGGCAUUGUUAUGUGGGAGGUGGUGUCGUAUGGAGAAAGGCCAUACUGGGACAUGAGCAACCAGGAUGUGAUGACUGCAGUAGAGCAGGACUACAGGCUUCCCCCACCCAUGGACUGUCCCAUGGUGCUGCACCAGCUCAUGUUGGAGUGUUGGAUGAAGGAGCGCAACCUGCGGCCCAAGUUCUCACGUAUCGUCAACACGCUGGACAAGCUGCUGCGCAACGCCGGCAGCCUCAAAGUUGUGACCAGCACGUACUCAGGGGACCUGCUGAGGCUCGGAGGAACGCUGCCGGGACACAACAGGAAAAGUCCGGACAGCAGCGAGGAAAUCGUGCGGCAGCAAAUGAGCCAAACUCUCCCCAUCAGAGUGUGAGCUGCCGCAAAAGCAACCCCGAGGAGAAGGAAGGCCCUAAAUAAACUACCUAGAAAACUCUGACGUAAAGAGCCCUAUGUAAAAUAAAGAAGAGAAAAAAAAGAGGGAAGCUCCCGCUGCACAGGAAGGACCACUCGGAUUACUUUGUGCGAGCGCUCGGAGACUUUGCGUUAAAAGAGAACGUUCCGUUGCGGUCUGUGUGCGUGUGCGUGUGCGUGUUCUUCAUAUGUGGUUUUGUGACUGUUGACAGAAAGCCAAACUUCUUAUGGGCCCUCUCAGGUUGUGUUUGCAUGUCUGCAUGUGUUUUCUGCUGGUUGGGAGCCAGUUGGGCUUCUCCUCACACAAACUAGAAUGAGGGUCUCGCGAAGGAUCCGACAGUGCCAAGUUUUAAAGACAGCUGUUGUAGAUGUCUUUUUUUUUUAAAUCUGUGGAUCAUUCGUUUUUUCCAUUUACAAUUGGCCAUCAAAGAACAAAACAUGGAAAAGUGAGAAAUUAUUUUGUUACUUGUUUUCUUUUCUAACACACACAAAAAAAAGAGAAACUUUACAGAAUCUAACAAACUCAAUUUUAGGAUCCAAUCAAAAACGUGAAAUUGGAAAACAGUCCACAAGACUGAAUUAGAUUUUAAUAUUUAAAGACCCUUCAAACGGAAUGAAGAGAUUUGUCUCUACAUGUUUAAAGAUAAUUGCUGGAAACUAUGUAGGACUGCAUUGUGAUGCUAGAGCGUUAAACUGUUCUUCACCAUUUCAGUCUUCCUGAUUUUGGGGGCGUGGCUAAAAUGGUGCCAGGGUGCGCACAUGACCUUUUAGCGUGUGUGCCCCCUCUCAACUAUAUAAAAACUUGAGCACCUCCAUUCGCAUCAGUGGUUAUCCGAUGAAAUUGCGACAUGCAGUUACAUCUUCAAAAUACAUCGUCCCUUCGGCUAGUCCACCGGCAUGGCCGAAAUAGAGCGCCUUGUUGUCGGCCGUGAGUACACACCGCUCAUGGAGAGAAGGCAAAAGAGUGAGAGGAAAAAAUAGUUUGUGACAGCCAGCAUGUGCACAGGGUGUUUGCGGUGCCGUGGCCGCUUUAGAACGCCUCGUUGUCACGGCGUGAAAAGGCCGACAAUGGCGAGUAAGAACAUCUCUACCACUGCAGUAUGCAGUUAGUUAGCUAUGCCUGCGCCCCAAAAAUGGAUCUGGUAGGAUGUGAUGCUGCAGACAAGCCCGGCGCCCGUCCACCGGUCAAGUGAAGCCCCGGAAGUCUGUUAGCUCGCGAGCUAGCUGGUCCUGUCCUGCCACCACUCAACUCUUCUCGCACACUGACUGACGCAAUCGCUGCAGGAUCUUUUUGUAAAUGUGCUCCCUGAUGGUCUGGCCCACAUAGAAGGGGAAAACUCAUAGUUUGGGUUUACAAUAUAUCUUCGCAACACCAGUCCUGUAACCUUUCUGACAUACACCUCGUAUUGUAGCAUGGACAAUUUUUAAUUGCUGAAAGAAACGAAGCGCGAAUCACUUUUAUAUAUUCAUCUUCAUUUCAAUCAUUGUGUGUCUAACAAGUUAACUUUUUACUAAUGGUUAUUACCAGAAUUCCGGGUAAUGUAAACAAGAGCAAUUAAAUAUUACCAUCAAAUUCUGUCCUAUGGCACAUUUUUUCAAUUUCGUAUUUUGCAUGUCUAAAAUAGAUUUGUUUUAAAUCUGUAAUUUUUCCAUUAUUUGUGUUACAUUAAAAAAAACAAAUAAUAAAAUCAUGAAUCACUUUUUCAUAUUUUUUUUAUUCUUGACUGACAGCUGAAAAUGGAAAAAAAAAACAGAUACACAGAUUUUUAAAACUUUUUUGUAUUUUUUUGUAACCAACUAAGUUCUCUCUCUUCCUUUACUUUUUUUGAGGGGAAAAACUUACAGGUAAAUCCACUUCCUCCUGUAUACUGUCUUCCACACAUGUACUGGGAGAAUUCCAUGUUUUAACUGUGUACAAAGCAUCCAAGUCUUCACGCGGUCUGUCCUCACAGAAGGAGGGUUGCAAAUGACACUGUGCGGGACACGUCCGUCACGUGCAUGCCAAAGUGGAACCUUCCACAUUAUAUGUUGCUUUGGUGGCAUUUGCUAUGGACUUUAAGGUCCGUGUUUUUCUUAUUCGAAAACAUAUACGCAUUGUUUUGAAUGCUAAUUUAUGACUGAUGACCUGUAUUUGUGCUUUUUUUUUUUUCUUUUUUUUUACCUGGGGCUCAACGUUUUUAUUACAAUGCUUGUGUGUGUGUGUGUGUGUGUGUGUGCGUGUGUGUGUGUGUGUAUGUUUUUUUUCUUCCAGUGAUCAGACCAGAAUAAAUGCAGACAAAACCAUUGAAAGGACAACUUGGAGACAUUUCUGCUAUUCAACUUUUUUUUAACAUUUUUUGCAUUGUAAUGAACGACGCCUGUGAAUUGUACAUCUCACUUUGGCAAACGUGUCACAGGUUGAGUUAAAAAGAUGAAAGCAUUAUGACCAUAAUAUUGAACUGACCUACAAACGUGGAUUGAAAACCGAUUGCUUAUUGGUCCAUUUUUCCUGACCAUCGUCCAGUGCAGUUUCUAUUUAAAUAAAUGACUGCCUGUAUAUACGUACAGUUACUCUUUAGAUCAAUCAGUAUUUCAAGCUUUCUGACUUGACUUUGGCCUCUGUGUGACCUUUGUUUACAUGCUUGUUUGUUUGUUGUUGAGGAGCAAACAAUGGCAGAAGUUAAAGUGUAACGGUCAUUACAUAUCUGAAACUAUAUGUCACAAUGAAAGAAGAAGAAAACAUACGUCUGUAAGGGCAGACUUUUUCCUGUGCAAUUCAAGGUGUGUUAGAUAUACAGCAGUACAAAAAAAAUUCCAGAAAACUAGAAGAAAAAUACCCAUUUCUCCUUCAAUAUUUUUACGAUAAUCAUAUGCAAAUAAAUUAUUAAACAGA